UGAUAUUGGGUAGAACAUAUUUGUUUUGUACGUCUUGAAAAUCAAUAAUGUAUAAAUAAAUAAACUUUCAGUCAAAAUAUUUUUUCAGAUUAUUCCGGAAUAUAUAAAUAUAGGGAUAGCAAGACUUGACAGUCAAUAAGAAGACAGAAACAUCUUAUUCAAACAUUUAUUCAUUUAUAUUUUAUUAUAAAAAAAAAAACGGUUCGUUUGAAAUAUGAUUAUCAACUUAGAAGUGAGCUUUUCGAGCUUUGGCGGCAGCGAAUGCAUCGAUAAUAGUCUGGAAAUCCAUCUUCUUGGUUAAUUCUGCCUCAAGGCAGAGUAUAACCCUGAAAUAUUGCCCUGUGACGCGCAUGAUCCACUACAUUUUUGAUCCUAGCUAAAGCACUAAACAAACAUUCACCACUUGAAACAGAAACAGCCCAUCUUUUAGAAUGAAAUCAGCCACAUCGAAAGUGGUCACAGCCUUAGAUGUUUCGGUUGUGGUAUUGGCGUCUUCGACAGGAGUCGGUUGUGGCUUGUUGGGAUAUCGCGCAACGCGAGAGCUCAACACGAGACUGAGGAAGGUCGAUGAUUCGAUGCAUUCAUUUUCCAACUUUAAACGAGAUCGCAUACUGGCGAUAUUAAUGCUGACAUUGCCGUUAAUCUCAAUCACAUCGAUUUUAGGACUUGACAUCUCGACCUGGCUACGUUUUGCCAUUGAAAUGAGGACACCCACAGAUGACACUGAGCUAAAUAUACAAUGGUACAUACCAUUCUAUAGUCUUUACUUCAUAUUAACGGGUUUGCAAAUCAAUUUUGCCAAUACCGCCUUUGGUCUAGGCAGACGCUUUCGGCGACUGAAUGUGAUGCUGAGAAGUAAUUUUCUAAAAGAUAAUAAUAACAGCCAGAAGAACGUUCCAUCAAAACCAUUGAUCACUACUGUGAAGGUGGUGUCGCAGCAUCCAUUGGCUUUACACCAAAGUCUGUCAAAAUUGACCCAUGUUCCAACUCAAGAGUCAGGUAAAAAUAAAGUCGCCUUACUAAAAGUGCUUGAAGAAAACCACGAGUCUUUAGGCAAAUGUAUGCGCUUAGUAUCAAAUUCGCAUGGCGUAGCAGUGCUCUUCAUAUUGGUCUCCUGCCUGCUGCACUUGGUUGCCACAUCAUAUUUCCUUUUUUUGGAGUUGUUACGUAAUAGGGACAGCAGAAUGGUAUGGAUACAAGGGUUAUGGAUUAUCUUUCAUUCGCUGCGCUUAAUAUUAGUCGUUGAGCCAUGUCAUUUGGCAACCGUAGAGUCCAAAAAGACUAUACAAAUAGUGUGUGAAAUUGAACGUAAAAUUCAUGAUCCAAUAUUGACCGAGGAGGUAAAAAAGUUUUGGCAACAAUUACUUGUGAUGGACGUGGAAUUUUCGGCGAGUGGUCUUUGUCGUGUUAACCGAACGCUACUAACAUCGUUCAGCUCGGCUAUUUGCACAUAUCUCGUAAUACUCAUACAAUUUCAAAACACCAAUGGCUAAAACAUUUGAGAAGUAAUGUUAUUUAAAGAAAAAUUGUUUUAAAAACUAAGAUGACUUAUAAAAAUUUGUUUUUUAGUGUAAAUAUCGAAUAAUUUCACGAAUGAUAAAUCAAAUUCAAAAUCGAUUGCA